GUACCGCCACGAGCACCUCUAGCCUACUGCUACAACCCUCGACCUCAUCUCACACUCACACAGGCUCAGCGCCGGCAAGCGCGUGCGUUCAAUACCGCGACAGAUCGUUCACAAAGAGCCGACGAACCACAGCGUACGGUGUGCAAUUGAGUGGAGUGACGUGCACGCGUUAUAAUAUUAUAGACAAAACAAUUAUCUGCGGUGGUAUCUACUUUCGUCCACUUGGCGUUGUCUCUUGUUGCAGACUUCCUUAACACGUGAGAGAGGGAGGGAGAGAGAGAGAGAAAAAAAAAACACAUGAAAAAACUUGUCUGCCGGAUUUGCUGCUCUUUACUGUAGGACAUUUGUUUAUUCCAGCAUUUUCGUGGUGUUUGAGCCCUAUUAGUGCAUGUGCGAGGAAGUUAACAACUUCAAUAAUCAGCCCUGAAUGUGUAUACCAAAACUAAAUACAAUGUGAACCAAGUUUCGUGAUUUGACCAUUGUGCACAAAGUCGGAGGAAGCGGAAAAUGCAGGAAAUGGAGGAGAAGCGAAGGAUUCGAGGAGAUUCGCACUGGUCAAAGCUAUUGCAAGUGAACUCAGACCCCAACGGCUUCCGACACAAGCGAUGUAUACGCAUGUGUCGCAGUUUCAACGUGAGUCAACCAGCUAUCUGCAGAGGGCUCCGCCUUGGAAGUCGACGAGGCACAGACAGAAACGGCGCAUUGAGGGAGAUUGAGGAGACGACAGACACUUCUUGCCCACCGCCAGACUCUGGUAUUUUAGCCAGCAUCGCGACACGAAUCCGCCAUUGGCUGCAGUCUAAGCGGAAGUACGAAGUUGUGUCCCCUGUGAAUGACACUUCCGGCAGCGGAGAAAGGAAAGGGGAUAAGAGCGGGGGAGACAUUGAUCAUGGGGUGGCAGGUGCUAGCGGUAUGGUUCGAGGGGAGACGAUUAAGGAAGAUUACCUAAUAAUCAGUCAAAUAAACAAUUACCAUCCAGAGUUAAAGCGCUCCGGGGGUUCCAAUCCUUUAGGACUCCCCGUGAGUGGUCCAUGUGUACCCCGAUCCGCCUCAACAGGCGUAGCUAGGACAUCUGGGGGCUCUCUAACUCCGCCUACUGUCAUUUCCCGACACGCCACGCCCACACACACUUCUUCAGGCGGGACGUCGUCGUUUUACCCUAGCCCCGGAACGUCGUCAAAGUCCACCACCGGCCACCACCAACAGUAUCACACUCAACAGCAUCAGAACUCUCACCAGCAUCCUGUUGUUGAUAUCAACAUUGAGUUCGCCGAUGCGGUGGCAGUCAAACCUCGUUCCCACUUCGCAUCCAACCCGCUCAAACUGGAUCAGAACCAAACCCCCAAAACCGCUAUCAUGACCCCUGCCACACGAGCACUCUCCAGAAGUCAGCAGUUGCGUCAGUCAAGAAACAAAUACAUGAAACUUCUUCAAAAGGCGGGCCAGCUCAGCCCCGGCCGGACACCGCUAACAGGGACCAUCAGCGCUCCAGCGAAGCAUGGGAUAGGAGAGAAGGGAUCAUCACCCAUAGCCAAGCGGAGACAGAUAAAAACCUGGCCACUUCCGGGAAGAAAGCAGCUGAAGUCAGGUUAGCAAAACUACUCUUUUUAGAUCACAUGAUUUCAAGUGAAGUGAACUCUUACUUGUGUGUAGCUGCCUGUCUACACACUAUCUUUGUUUUUUCACACUUUUUUAAUGUUCAUAUCUUCAAUACUGUAUCCUGUUCUAUCAAAGUGAGAUAGAUUAGAUUCAAGUCCUCUAUCUGUACUAUAACUUUCCACCAUGCUUGUCGCGUCUUAAGCUUAAAGCGGACAGUGUAAUCAAGGGGUCCUCUUUUACUCAGUCGAGCAAACAGAC